GGUGGGUUCCUUAAAUGGAAAGUAUGAGUCCCACCCACACACCAGUCAAUACUGAGACUGGAAAAAAAAGAAACACUUCUUUCAGGAAGAGACUGCGAGCAGACUAAACCAUGAGCUACCCUGGAUACCCCCCUCAGGCAGGUGGAUACCCCCCUCAGGCAGGCGGAUACCCCCCUCAACAGCCUGGUGCCUAUCCACCUCAGCCUGGAGCUUACCCUCCUCAAGCAGGAGGCUACCCACAGCAGCCAAGUGGCUACCCCCCUCAACCUGGUGGCUAUCCACCACAAGCUGGUGGCUAUCCACCACAAGCUGGUGGCUAUCCACCACAGGCAGGGGGCUAUCCACCACAGGCAGGAGGCUAUCCACCACAAGCAGGGGGCUACCCGCCACAGGCUGGGGGCUACCCGCAGGCACUACCACCAGGCGGCUGGGGAGGUGGCCCUGCUGGUGGAUAUCCCUCAAUUGGUAUGGACAAUUUAUCUAACCCUGGAUACAAUGCUGGCAUGCCAGGAGGGACCAUGCCUCAACACCAAGGCCCAGGGAUGGGAUACCCAGGUCAGCCUGGGCAGCCAAUGUCCGGAUACCCACAGGGACCAUCACCCAAUCCGCCCAUGGCUGGUUAUGGAGCGGCACCAGCUCCCAUGCCAGCAUACCCAAAAGUCCCUUCACCAAAUCCAUCCAUGCCAGCCUACGGAGGAGGAGGAGCCAUGCCAGUGGCUCCAGCCAUCAAUAGAGGAUUCAGGGGAACGAUCAAGGACUUUCCUGGAGCUGAUCAGCUCAGAGACGUGGAGGUUCUGCGGAAGGCCAUGAAGGGCUUUGGAACUGAUGAGCAAGCCAUCAUCGAUUUACUGGGGAGUCGCUCCAACAGGCAGCGUGUGCCUUUGCUGCGCGCCUACAAAACCUCCUAUGGAAAGGAUCUGAUUAAGGACCUGCAUUCAGAACUGUCUGGAGACUUCAGGACCCUCGUGAUGGCCACAUUGAAGACUCCAGCUGAGUUGGAUGCCUACGAGCUCCACAGUGCCAUAAAGGGAGCCGGAACUGAUGAAGCCUGCCUGAUAGAGAUCCUGUCCUCCCGCUCCAACGCGGAAAUCCAUGAGAUAAACCGUAUUUACAAACAAGAAUACAAGAAGAAACUGGAGGAUGCCAUUACUGGAGAUACCUCAGGACACUUCCGCAGGCUCCUGGUCUCUCUUGCACAGGGCAAUCGUGACGAACGAGAACAUGUUGACAUCUCUGUGGCUAAACAAGAUGCUCAGAGCCUGUACGCUGCUGGAGAGAACAAGCUGGGAACAGAUGAGUCCAAAUUCAAUGCAAUCUUGUGUGCCAGGAGCAAAUCCCACCUCAGAGCAGUGUUCCUUGAGUACCAGCGUAUGUGUGGCAGAGAUAUCGAGAAGAGCAUCAACAGGGAGAUGUCAGGAGACCUUGAGAGUGGCAUGUUGGCAGUCGUGAAGUGUAUUAAGAACACACCUGCCUACUUUGCUGAGAGACUCUACAAAGCCAUGAAGGGAGCUGGAACCAAAGACAGAACUCUGAUCCGUAUCAUGGUCUCCCGUUCUGAAGUUGACAUGCUGGAUAUCCGCCAGGAAUAUGUCAAAAACUACGGCAAGUCGCUGUACACACACAUCUCUGGAGACACAUCAGGAGAUUACAAGAAGCUCCUACUGAAGUUCUGCGGGGGCAGUGACUGAAAAGGGAAUGGUGUCUACUACAAUAUAGAAAUGUUCUAUAUAUAUAUAUAUCAAUUUUUUGCUUAUCUUUAUGCACUAUACACAAACUGCAAACCUGCAUGCCAUGCCAGUUCUAUCAAUGCAAUGUUUACCUUGUUUUAAGAAUAUCUCUAUUGCUACAUUUUGAUUCUUUUCUAUAUACAAAUGCACUCAAAGUUUUAUAUUUUCAUAUUUGAUUUUGUUUGAUACUCAUCGCCGUGCCAUACAAUCGAUGUGCAACAGAUGACAUGCAUUUUAAGAGCUAUAUAAUUUUAAGAUAUUUUAUUUUACUUGUGCCAAUAUAAAGAGAUCUCUGAUGCCGGGAACUUUUUACCAGCUCAUCUCUAAUGUUCAGUAUAUCUGAAUAAUGUAUGAGACAGAAUACAUAGCAGCUAUGUACCAAAGUUGUCUGUUAAUGUUCUCAAUUGUUUACUCUCUUCUUUAUUUUGUGCAGCACGUGAACCAGAUGCAUUAUUUUGUAUGCCUGCCGUUGUAGUCUGUAACACUCAAGCAUCACAUUUCAUUAUUUGUUGGUGACUUUAUCUUCAUGAGUCUCAGAAAAUAAAUGUUGAAAAUGCA